GUAUUCAAGUACAAAUUCGACACUAAAGGAUAUCUUAUUAAAUACAAAGCAAGACUCUACGUUAGAGAUACCUACGUAGCAACCUUAGUAGCACGUACCUUUAGAUAUCUUAUAGUAAUUAUAGCCGCUUUCGAUUUAGAGACAAGGCAGUAUAACGUAGUUAACGCUUUUAUCAAUAGUCCUAUCGACGAAGACACCUACUACGAA